AUGUCAAAGAGAAGCCUUGAGUAUGUGCCUGCAUUGUACAAGAUCUUCGACGAGAUCUUGGUAAAUGCCGCGGACAACCUCAUCCGAGAUCCGACCCAGAACAUCAUCCGGGUCGAGGUCAAGCGCAAAGAGGGCUCUCUGAGUGUUUGGAACAACGGUGCUGGCUUGCCGAUUCAGAUGCACCGGGAGCACAAGUGCUACGUCCCUGAACUGGUUUUCGGUCAUCUGCUCACAAGCGACAACUAUGACGACAGCGAGAAAAAGGUUGUCGGCGGACGUAACGGCUAUGGCGCCAAGUUGACCAACAUUUUUUCGACAAAGUUCAUCCUGGAAACAGCAGACUCGAGGAGCGGCAAGAAGUACAAGCAAGUCUGGGAGAAAAACAUGACCGUUUGCCACAAACCAAGCAUUACUCAGAAUAAGUCUGAGGACUUCACCCAGGUCACUUUCUUUCCGGACUUCGCUCGGUUUGGGAUGCGCAAUCUCGAGGAGGACAUUGUUGCACUGAUGAGACGUCGUGCUUUCGACCUCGCUGCUUCCACACAGGGACGGUGUCAAGUCUUCCUGGACGGAGAUUGCCUGGGCGUGACCAGCUUCCAGGACUACGUGGAUCUUCAUGUGAAGCCCGAGAUGUUCCGCACGUGCAAGGUGGUGAAUGAUCGCUGGGAAAUCGCGAUUGGCCUGACAGAUGGCUCUGGCUUUCAGCAGGUGAGCUUCGUGAAUUCCAUCAACACCUCUCGUGGUGGCACUCACGUGACCUACAUUGCUGACCAGGUUGUGAGCGCAAUCCUGGAUAAGAUCGGGAAGCAGAAAGGUGGAGGUACUUUGGCGGUGAAGAGCCAGCAUGUCAAAAACUACUUGUGGAUUUUCGUCAACUGCUUGAUCGAGAACCCAGCGUUCGAUUCUCAGACCAAGGAGACGCUGACGAGCAAACGAGAGAGGUUUGGGUCCACCUGCCGCUUGCCAGAGGAUCUCUUGGAGGAUGUGGUGAGCUCCGGCAUCAUCGACGCCCUCCAGGAGCGAUGCUCUGUGAUGAGCGAGUGGCGGUGUUGGGCCUUCGCAAUCUGCUCUUUCGUCCCGGCAAGCCAUGAUGGACUUAUGCCGGCCACAUUGUCCGUCGGUCUCCUCAGCGGGGAGACAGUGGCACUGGAGGUCAGCCCCACACGCGUCUCCGUCGGCGACGUGCGCGAGCUUGCAGAGGACCGGCUGCACAGGAGUCUUUCCGUGCUUGUUUCUUCCUCAGGCGAGCCGCUGAAGGACUCGGAGCGGGUUAGCGAGCUUGGCCUCAAACAUGGAGAUGUGGUCAGUGCGCUCGUGAGGCCACCAUGUCCUCAAAUCUUCUCGGGGCCCUUUGCUUACGCCUUUGCGGCUGUCAUGCCGGAAGGUCGCGUGGUUGCAUGGGGAGACCCCGCACGGGGUGGAGACAACAGAGCGGUGCGAGUACAGCUGCAGGAGGUUCCUAUCGUCGCCUUGGAAGCUUCUGCAGGCGCCUUUGCGGCUUUGCGCAAAGAUGGGCAAGUUGUCACCUGGGGCGGGGCUGCCUUCGGUGGUGACAGCAGCGCUGUGCAAGAUCGGUUGGUGAACGUUCACGCGGUGAAGGCAUCUGCCAUUGGCUUCUCUGCCGUCACUGCUGCAGGUGAUGUAGUCACCUGGGGAAGCAGCGACACUGUCGUGGCCAUGCACAUGAGCGUAGAGGUCAAGCAGCUCGUCGCCUCGACGGAUGCUUUCGCUGCACUCACGGCCGAUGGACGAGCUUUUGCUUGGGGGAACGCCGACUACGGCGGCAGCUGCAGCGCUGUGGCUGAUCGUCUGGUGGACAUCGCUUUCUUGGCUGCCUCUGAUGGGGCUUUCGCUGCGGUGAACCAAGAUGGUGAGGUCGUUACGUGGGGCAACAGCAAUUUCGGCGGCGAUUGCACGAUUCAAAACCCCGACCUGCAUGGGGUCGUUUCCAUCACUGCUUGUGGACGAGCAUUUGCUGCCCUGCGGCGCGAUGGCCGUGUCUUCACAUGGGGCGAUUCGACUCAGGGCGGUGACAGCUCCGUGCUGGCAGAUUAUCAAGUCUCUCUGCUGCGCGGAUCGGCGGGUGCUUUUGCGGCCCUCACGAUGGAAGGCCGCGUGCUGACCUGGGGCAACCAUGCGUUCGGCGGCGACUGCAGUGCAGUUAGUGAUCAAUUGACCGAGGUGGUGGACAUCGUGGCCAGCCGCCGCGCUUUCGCUGCGUUGCGCAGAGAUGGAGGAGUGGUCAGUUGGGGCUUUGCAGUCCUUGGUGGGAACAGCAACGACGUUCAGGCUGAACUUUACGGCAUCCAACGUCUCCACGCUUCAAGCGGUGCUUUCGCGGCAUUGCGAGGUGACGGUGGCAUCAUCGUAUGGGGUGGGCCAAGCUCUGGUGGUGACAACAGUGCCAUACGAGGACUGUUCCAGGAGACCGACGUGGACAACGAAGUCAGUGAAGUAGAGUGGUCCAAGGCCAUGGCGAAAAGCGAGUUGGCCCAGCACUUGAACCGAAGUGAUCUAGGCUUGCAGAAGCGUCUUUUCGGCGUCCCAAAGCUUGAGGAUGCCAACCUGGCCGGAACGAAGGAGGGUGAGUCCUGCACCCUCAUCCUUACUGAAGGCGAUUCGGCCAAGGCACUGGCAGUUGCUGGUCUCGGCGUUGUUGGCCGCGAUCGUUACGGUGUUUUCCCACUGCGCGGCAAACUUCGGAAUGUCCGCGAGCUGACAGUGAAGCAGAUGCUGGAGAACAAGGAGAUCGAGCAGGUCCUGAAAAUCAUGGCUUUGGAUGCCAGCAAGGACGAAUAUCGCGAUGCGAAAGGUCUCCGUUAUGGUUCCAUUAUGAUCAUGACGGACCAGGACCACGACGGAUCCCACAUCAAGGGCCUCAUCAUUAACUUCAUUCAGCACUGGUUCCCUUCUCUUUUGAGGUUGCCAGGCUUCCUGAAAGAGUUCGUCACUCCGAUUGUGAAGGUGUCCAGAGGCGACGAGACCCUGACAUUUUUCACAUUGCCGGAGUAUGAAUCUUGGAAGAGAGCCAACGGUGAUGGGCGCGGAUGGAAAUGCAAAUACUACAAAGGCCUGGGCACAUCGACAAGCUCAGAGGCCAAAGAGUAUUUUGCAGAUCUCGAAGACCACGAGCUGCAGUUCACGUACUCAGGAAGCCGUGAUGAUGAUCUCAUUGAUAUGGCCUUCGCCGCCAAGAGGUCUGAUGACCGCAAGGUCUGGAUCUCAAGCGUGGAGGAAGGCACUUUCGUGGAUCAUUCACAGCCCACAUUGAGUUACUCCGACUUCAUCGAGAAGGAGCUUUCUUUGUUUGCCAAGUACGACGUGGAGCGUGCCGUGCCUUCCCUUGUCGACGGUUUGAAGCCCGGGCAGCGCAAGGUCCUGUAUGGAUCCUUCAAGAAGAAGCUCACCAACGAAAUCAAGGUGGCGCAGCUUUCAGGCUAUGUGGCCGAAACCUCGGCAUACCACCAUGGUGAGGCUUCUCUGCAGGGCACCAUCAUCGCCAUGGCCCAGACAUUCGUCGGCAGCAAUAAUAUCAAUCUCUUCGAGCCGCGGGGCCAGUUUGGAUCCAGGCUACAAGGCGGAAAGGACCAUGCUGCAGCCCGUUACAUCUUCACGUGCCUCUGCAAGGUGACUCGCUGUUUAUUCCCCGCAGAGGAUGAUGCUGUCUUGGAGUAUCUGAGCGAAGAAGGCCACCAAAUCGAGCCCAGAUUUUACUGUCCUGUCAUCCCCCUCGCGCUUGUCAAUGGUGCUGAUGGUAUUGGGACGGGAUGGAGCACCAGCAUUCCCAAUCACAAUCCGCGGGACGUGAUCGCCAACAUCCGACGCCUGCUCAGAAAGGAAACGAUGCAGCCCAUGGCGCCCUGGUUCCGCGGCUUCAAGGGGACUGUGCGCAGCAUCGAAGGCUCUGUUGGCAAGUAUGAAGCGUUGGGAGUCGCCUCCCAGAAGGGUCGAGUUCGCUUGGAGAUCACCGAGCUUCCGCCCAGACGGUGGACGCAGGACUACAAGGACUGGCUGGUGGAGCAGCUCCCGAAGCCAGGGGACGAGAGGCGUGCAUCCAUCACAGAGCUCCGGGAGUACCACUCCGAGAACUCGGUGCACUUUGUCCUGUCUAUGACACCGGACAAGCUCUCCGAGGCAGAGCGCCGCGGCUUCGAGAAGGUCUUUCACCUGCGCUCGAACAUCAGCACCACCAACAUGUGGCUCUUUGACGUCGAUGGCAAGAUCCAGAAAUACGAUAAACCCGAGGACAUCGUCCAAGCCUUUUUCCCUGUCCGCUACCAGAUCUACGAGCGAAGGAAGGCCUACCUGGUGGACAAAAUGGAGCGAGAACUUGCAGUGCUAUCAAACAAGCUGCGCUUUGUGGAGUUGGUCGUUGGAGACAGGCUGGAUGUGGAGAAGAAGCGCAUGGCGGACCUUUGUGGCAAAAUGCGGAAGCUUGGCCUGGAACACAUGUGCCAGAUCAAGGGCGAGGGCUCCGUGAAGGUGGGCACAGAGGAAGAGGCGGGUCCCGAUGGGUUCAAAUACCUCCUCUCUAUGAAGCUCUGGUCCCUCACAGAGAACAAGGUCGAGGAGUUGCGGAGACUCCAUGGUCAGAAGGAUGCGGCCCUCCAUGAGCUUCGAGGAACCAGCAUCGAAGCUCUCUGGGAAGCGGACUUGCAGCGUUUGGAGCAUGCCCUAGACGAAUGCGAUGAGAAGGAUCGCAAAGAAGCAGAGGCAGCAGAGAGGCUGGCCGCGAAGAAUAUGUCCGAUGAGAGUUUUCUGGUCAACAAGCAGUGCGUGCUGGUGCUGGGCCGCAACUUCACCGCAAAGCGAGUUCGAACGAGUGAGUGGAAGGUAGGCCGUCGGGGUGGUGGCUUCAGUUCGAAGCGCCUGGUGAGCAAGGCGAAGAAGGGCAAGGACGACGAUGCAGAUGCAGAGGAAGAUGCAGACGAUGCAGAGGAACCGACUGAAGGAGCCCUUUCUGCAGUCUUCUGCUGUCAUGAUUUCGAUGCCUUGCUGGUGUUCUCCGAGCACGGGUAUGUUUACAUGUUGCAGGCCCUGGACGUCCCCUUGGCCAAGAAAUGCAGCAUGCAGGGUGCAGAGUUGAAGGACUUUCUGCCAGAGCUCCAGGAUCAUCGCAUAACGGCCCUGGUCACUGACAGCUGUCGAUAUGCUCGGUUCAGGGACCAAACAGACGACUUCGUGGUGCUGGUGUCCAAGAAGGGCUUCGCCAAGAAGGCCGACAUACGUUUUGAAUGUUUCAGUUUCGUGACAGUCGAUGCUGGCCCGUUCAAGUGCUCAAUAGGUCUCUAUUGCCCGCUUUCGCGGCCUGCGCCCGGGCAGAGGACAGAAUUGGCUUUCAUUUUCAAUCGAGUUAUGGUGGCACAGCAACCACCAGACUGCCACGAUCCGCGUCCACUGGCGUCAAGCUCCGUGCAGCUAGGGUCGACAUUGCGUACCUAUGGCACAGGUGGGUCCUUGGCGCUUCGAUUGUUUGUAGACAUUGCUGGCUUCGAUCUCUACCGGGCAGUGGAAGGUCGUAUUUUUUGUGUGGGCAAUGGAUGGGCCAUGCUGGGCCCAAUGCUGGGUCUGUUUUUGCUCAUCUUGGGAUCUGAAGGCUUUGCUUACCGAAAGAGACAGUCUAUGGCGGCUAUGGCUGCGGAGUGGACGGCCAACGGGUUGCCCGGCCGUUCCGUGAUCAGGAUGUGGAAGAAAUUCCAGGAAGAUUACAUCGUGGCUUCCAGCAUCUCUGCCCUCACCGCGGCGGAAUUGGCUAACAUCCGCUCAAAGGUGGCUGCCAAGGCGAGUGCGGCAACGCGUUCCAGUGUGGAAGGCCCAACGAAAGCCGAGAACGAAGAAUCAGAAAAGGAGGAGGCAGCAGACAAGGAGGAUGCAGCAGAAAAGGCUGCAGCAGACGACAGUGACGAAGAUGAGAAGGAUGCAGAGGACGUCAGCGGCGAGAAGGCAGACGGAGCUCAGGAUGAAGUUAUGGAUGUUGGCCAGGAGUUUGCAGCGUUGUAUGAGUCUUGCAUGGCUUGCUAUGCGUGCAAUCGUGAGAUGGCAGGUUUCAAUAGAACGGUAGUGACAAAAGCAGACAUGGUGAACAAGAAUGUCUUCACUCCCUGUGUGGUGGAACUAUAUACCUACCUUUCCCAGCAGUGCUCUCCCUUGUCCAUGGAGAAGUACUCUUUCGUGCAGCGGCUGGGACAAGGCACCUCGGCCAUGCCUCUGUGCCUUUGCUGUGGUAUGGAAGGCACGCCGGAAGUCGGCAUGGGCCACAGCUCUUUCGAUUUCAGACGGCCGGCUGGUCGCUGUCAAGCAGCUAAAGCAAUCGCCAGAGCCGGGCUCCGGAUGUGCACGCUGUUAAUCGCAGUGCGCUCGUGGUCCUGGGAGGCAUGCAAGCAGCUUCCAGAGGUGCGGGCCGCCGCGGCCAUUUCGGACCGGAGGUCUACCGGAAAAAUCGAGAAGGCCAGAGCAGCAGAGAACAGCGGCUUGCCAUUUCGAGGCAUCUGGUGCAACUCCUGGAGGCAGUACGGCACGGUGCGUGGCGAACUCUUCCUGGUUUUCGAGUACGUCGAGGGCAGCCUGCACCACUGCAUUGUGCGCUGGGCAGCACGACGCCUGCUGAUGGCACUGGCUGCGGUGCUCACCCGAUCGCGCGAUUUGAACUUUGAACUGUUAGGCUUGGUCCACUGCGAUGUCAAGCGAGAGGCUCAGUGGUACUUUGGAACGCCGGAAAACAUCCUUGUCGGUGGAAGCGAGAGCGGAGGUCGUGGAGCAGCGGCCGAAGACCGUGCAUCGCCGCUCACAGACCAGCACAAAGUGGACCAAGUCCACGACAGGAGAAUUCCCAUUUCCUUUCAUCGGGUCUUUCUCGCAAAGGUUGCCCCUGCUACCCCGUCCGUCGAAGCUGAGGCUCGUGUGGAGCAAUGCGCGGAGUACCUCACCGAACAUGAGGUUAUCUUGGACGGCUUCGCCAAGGAAGUGAUUUUGCCCGGACUCGAGAGUCCACGUGUGGACGGAAGUUUGGACGGACGCGGUGGUAUCGGGCGCCAGAGCUUUUCCUCGGUUCCCGCGGAGAUUCCAGUUGAUCUCUGGUCCGCUGGUUGCACUAUCGCGGAGCUGAUACUCAGGAGGCCUUUGGUUCCAGGUUCGGACACGCGUGUGGGGGAUCUCAGCCAGGUUUCCAGUCGAUAUGCUGUUUCGAAUUUGCGGGGCUUGAGCUCGGUGCCCCAGAUGAGAGCGAAGGUUGGCAGGCCACUGGCUGCGCAGUUGGUGGAGGCUCUCGGCAUAAAGGGGGAAUGCGGCAUACGGCAUACAGCAUGGUCCCAGGCCUCGGGGCGCAAAAAUGCAGAGCCUGCGGCCUGGCAGAGCCUGCGGGAGGCUGGCGCUUCACAGGCAGCUGUGGACAUGCUCGAGAGCAUCCUUCGUUAUGAUGGACAGCGGCGCCUGCGAUGCGACAGGGCUCUUCGGGAAAUGCCAUUCUUCACUGCAGAAGAGCCUGAGGUGCCGGUGCCUGUGCCGGUCUCCCGGCCGCUGAGCCCUGCGACUUUGCAGCGUUCCAGGGAAGAGGCCGCUCGACUUGUGGCUCGUGGGGAUUCUGCAGGGGGUUUCGGGGAUGGUGGGGAGAAUUUAGAUAGCCGACUGGCGGCAGCCAUGGAAGCUUUCGUCGCUCUCUUCAGUGUUGCGGCGACGAGCACUGUUUAUGCCGACCUGAAGUAUGCGUGCCUCGAGAAUUUCGGCUUCAUGUCGGCAAGCCCGUUGGGAAGGUUCUCAUAUCUCACGACACAAUCGAAUGUGCUGCUUUUGAGUUGGAGUCUCCUGCGCCUCGUUGAGCUCGCCUUGCGCGAUGGGAGUGGGAACUUGAUAUUAACAUGGAUCUGCUACUCUGGGGAGCCAUUUUUUGGUGGCCUUGGCAUCUUCGUUUCCGCAGCGUAUGCCGUCACGAUGUAUAACGAUAAGGUGAGUGUUCACUUCAUCCGCAAAGCUCUGCGAGAUGGAAGACUUCGGCUGCAUCUUUCAUCGAGAAUCCCGACAGAGGAAGAGUGGUGGCAAGACCAAGUGAUUGCACACACACCGCAGUUGAUGACCUCGCUUGUCACUGCGGCGACUCGUGAUGCGGUAUUGCUCGAGCGCCAUCUGCCGAGGUCUCCUUGGCCCGUGCUGCUGCAGGGGCUACUCUUUGGAAUGUGGUACUUGGCUUGCCUCUUGUCGGUCUGGCAAGCUUCGAGGCUCUGGCCCUAUCCCUUCAUGUAUUCGUUCCGACACUGGAGCCACCACGUUGGCUUUUACUUUGCUGCCUUCGGCACCAGCUCACUUCUUGCAGCUUUGAUUCUUGGCUGCGUGCACUUCGGAGAUUUACAGGAUGCUCGGCAUGGCCUAUUCAUGGUCGUUUCGUUGUAG